AUGGCUUGCAGUUUAUCAACGUCUUUACCUGCCGAUUCCUCCUUAAACGAGUUAAAUCGAGUGGUAAAUGGCCAGGCUAUCGACAUAUCUCAGAUUCCGUACCACGCUGCUUUACGUCGAAAAUCAAGUGCGGGAUGGAUUUAUACAUGCGGAGCAUCCAUUAUAACAACUAAAGCUCUGCUCACUGCAGCACAUUGUGUAACGACAAUCCAAUUAGAGCCAUUACAACUUAGGGUUGCGGUGGGCACUUCAUCCCGAUCAGGUGGAUACGUAUACACUGUAAAAACCGUUUACGUUCAUGAACAAUAUUCCUCUCUUACACUGGAACAUGACAUAGCAAUGGUUGUGACAUCGAAGAAAAUGACCUUCGAUAAGAAAGUUGAUGCUAUCUUCAUUCCAGAACCUAAUUAUAACCUUCCAGUCGGAAUGUCUGCAUUAGUUUCAGGAUAUGGCUUCACAUCGCAAGAAGGCAAAGCGUCUUCGGUACUGCAGGCAGCUACCGUGGAAGUUGUAGACCAGAAUAUAUGCAAAAGUGCAUAUCGACAAAUCGCUAAAAUAUCGGAAGGCAUGCUAUGUGCUGUCGCUAAUAAUCCUCCAAGAGAUGCUUGCCAAGGUGACUCUGGGGGCCCUCUAGUAACCCAAAACACUUUGAUCGGUAUUGUAUCUUGGGGAGAAGGCUGUGCCAAUAUAAGUUUCCCGGGCGUGUACACUAGAGUUUCGGAAUACAAUUCCUGGAUUAUUAAUAAACUUGUGCUGAUUUAG